AGAGAAAAAAAAAAAAAAAAAAAAAAACAAAUAAAAGAACGCGCUCAACUCGAGGACAUUUCUCGCGAUUCCGAUAACGUUCCGGGUGCCAGUCUCGAAUGGUCUGAGCAAAUAAAAAAAAAAACGUGAUUUUUCCGCGAGGCUCUUGUCAGUUUUCAGAUAAUGUCCGCGUCGUGAAAGUGUGCGAAGAUUGAAAUUCGCGCGACGAUCCAAGUCGUCGAAGAAAAACGAGGAAGAGACGCGAUCAAAUCAAAGAAGAAGCCUGGGCUCUUUACGAAGAAAAACUGCGUAUCUCUUGUUGUCAAUAUUAUAGGUUUCCCGUAGGUCUCCGUAGCCUAACGAAACGCUAAAGCAAAGCAUCAGUUGCAAGUUCGUUGACCCCGAUCGAGUGCAUCGGAUACACACACACAGUUGGAGGGUUCGAAAACGGAAAAUCCUAUACUUCUUUUGUCGCCUUGGUCGCCGCGGCGAGAAACGAGAUUCGGAAGAGAAGACAUGCGGUAACGAGAUCCGAGACAUAUACAAACACACACACACAGACAGACAGAGAGAGAGAGAGAGAGAGAGAGAGAGAUGUUAUCCGACGUGAGUUGCAACAGGCGGUUAGGCACGUCGUCGAUCAGAGGUUGUCUCUGGUUGCUGCCGUGUCUCUGGCUGAUCGUUAAUUCGGUCUCCUCGACGAAUCCGUCCCUCAACGUGUCCUGUUGUUCCGAAAACGCGACAUGGAAUCACUCGAUCAAUUGCUCGGACGGAUCGAGGAUUCGUCUGAGCUGUCCGUUCGGCAUCUUCCUCAUCGAUCCCUACGCCAUGGAGAACGACAACUUCACCGUCGUCUACGAGGACGACACUGCCUAUUUGCUGUCGCAACUCGACGAAAGGAUCCCGGCAGACAAAUUCUGCACCACCAGGUCGCCGAAGAGCGGCGGCGAGAUCGCUCUGACGUGCUUCGACGAGAGCUCAAGCUCGAGCACGUCCGUGUGGAAGUACACCCUGGUGUGUAUCGUGAGCAUAAUCUCGGCGAUUUUUCUGAUCGCCACUCUGGCGGUUUACGUGAUACUGCCCGAACUGCGUGAGCUCCAGGACAAGGCGAUGAUGGCCGCGGUCACGACGAUGGCCGUCAGCUACACCGUUCUCUCCAUUCAGCACCUGCGACCGAGCAUGCAGGACGAACGCACCACUUGCGUGACUUUCGGUUUCAUACUGUACUUCUCCUUCAUGUCUGCGUUCUUCUGGCUGAACAUUGUGGCCUUUAAUGUUUGGCGCGCUGUGUGGUUUAAGAACUUCCGGGUGAGGGAGAAAUCGCUCUUCUACGCGUAUUGCGUUUGGGGAUGGGGCGUUCCCGCGUGUUUCCUGAUCACCUCGCUGACGAUGCAUCACGUGGAAGGACAACACCUCAAGCCCGGCUUCGGUGACUACAGCUGUUGGUUUGGCGGUCGCUUGCAGACGUGGGUGUAUUUUUACGGGCCGGUCGCUGUUUUGCUAACGUUAAACAUAAUCUAUCUCGGACUGACUAGCUGGCGUUUGUGGCAUCAGUAUCGCGAUUACACGGGCAGCAAGUUGCGAGUUCUGCGAUUCAAGUGUCUGCUCUACAUCAAACUGGUGCUGGUAAUGGGUAUCACCUGGAUCUUCGAACUGCUGUCGUUCGCCGUCGACACGAAGAUCGAGGAGUUUUGGAUACCGACGGAUCUGAUAAACGGUCUCCAAGGCUUUAUCAUAUUCCUGCUUCUGGUCGCGACGCGGAAGCGAGUGCGAAAACUUUUGGCGAAAAAACGCCCGUGCGGUAUCGUCUUCCCGAAAUCCUGGGCCGCUUACGAGGACGAGGAGUGCGAAGCGGUGCUUCCCGAAGAGCUCGAGCUGUCGCAGCAAGGAUAAGAAGACACACACGGAAAAAAUUUCUUGUUCUUGCUGAAAUUGCAAGAAGAUCAAUCAGAGCAGCCAGCGAGAAACAAUUGCCAAACCUAUCGAACCUGUUUGCUUUUCCGACGAAAACAUCUCGUUGGCGAAACAAAAAUUCAAUAAGUUUAGCAACUUUUGCUCACUGGCCAUGUAGAACUUGUCUUCAGUGCGGUUCUUUCGUGUUCUUUUUUUUUUUUUUUUUUUUUUUUUUUUGUAUUUCACUAUUGAACGCCCACAAGUGCGAAAACUGUCGGGAGAGUGCGCGCGAGAAGAAACAUCAUCAUCAUCAUCUUAAGGACGGUCUCUCUCUCUCUCUCUGUAUGUGUUUGCACGUUACUUGUGUGGUUAAGCACACGAUUUGAUAUAUAUUUCGAAUUAAUUUGAUACUUAGAUAUAAAACGUAUAGAGUUUGUACGUGCGAGUUUUAUUUUCUGAACGAUUUUUAGCAAAUUGUUGUGUUACAUUUAAGCGCUGUACAAGAAUCUCCUGUAAUAAACAAUUGAACGUUGUAACAUCA